UAUUUAUUAAAUUUAUUUUCAAUAUCCUACAUUCGUUUAUUGUAAGUAACAGAUUUGAAAUAAGGAAUAUCUAGAAAAUUCUAUCGCAAAAAAAUUAAUAAACAAUACACCAUUUUGUAUCAUCGUUUGUUUAAAUUGACUUUAAUUAAGUUAAAGUUGUAAUUUAUUUUUUUUAAAAUUUAAUUUUUAAUACUCAUUACCAUUUCAUUACAUUGUGUUUAUUAAAGUUUUAACGAUAAAAAAACAAACAAACAAACCAACAAAAGUUACUUACAAAUCUUGAUUAAUUACAUAUCAUAUCUAUUCGAAAAAUUAAGGAAAUCAUUAUCGUUGAAGAAACUAGAAAUAAUCUAUUACUUCAUUUUCAAUGAAUAUGCUGAUCAAUUUGACGUCUUCUUCCUCUUCUCCUUCCUCUUCUUCUUCUUCUUCUAAUGAUUAUAUUAAUGAUGUCAAAUUAAAUGAUAAUGGUGAAGUGAUCUUAAAACGUCGUGAAUAUUCAAAUACUAAAUGUUUAUAUUAUUUAUUUACUGAAUUCUUUCAAAAUACAACUGUUUAUCUAUAUGUCAUGACAUUUUUAUUUUCUGGUUUAUUUUGUUUAUCUAUAUUAUUCAUUAUAAGUUAUAUAAUAAUUAAUAAUUUAAUCAUUAUUCUAUUAAAUACUUUCAAUAUAUAUAUCAUCAAUAAUUAUAAAUUAUCAAUAAUCAAUAUAAAUUCAAUAAAUGAAUUUCAAUAUUCAAUUAUUAUUAUUUUAUUUAUUCUAUAUAUAAUUUAUUGGUUAUGGGAUUGGAAUUCAGAAAAUCAUGGUGGACAUCCAAAACAAUUUAUACGUUAUUUAAAAAUAUGGGAAUAUUUAGCAGAUUAUUUUCCAAUACAUUUAGUAAUUAGUAAAGAAUUUAUUAAAUUUAAUAAAAUUCAUAAUCAUCAUAUUAAACAUCAUUCUUAUUUUAUGAAUUCUAUUAUGAAUAAUAAAGAUUAUAAAAAUCAUGAUCAUUUUGAUAAUGAAUUAAUGAAAGAAAAUUAUCUAUGA